GUUGCAGAGUUGCCCAAUAUAUGGAGUGAAAGAGGAAGCAUCGAGUCAGCAGCAAGAAACACGGAAGACAACCUGUUGAUUCAAGUGUCAGCUCAAUAAAUUGACUACAUGGAUGAAAAGCAAGUGGCUCGGGCCAUCAAGCUGAACGAUGGUUCUAAAAUGCCACUUUUAGGUUUGCGGACAUGGAAGCCCUCCCAUCUUCCCUGGACGUCGGUCCAGUAUGCAGUAGAGGCUGCCAUCGCUGCUGGAUACCGCCACAUCGACACGGCCUGCUGCUAUGGCAACCAAGUGGACAUUGGCAAGGCUCUGCACUCAAAGAUGCAGCAGGGCAUCAUCAGACGCCAAGACAUGUUCAUUGUCAGCAAGUGCACUUGUUGUUCGCUUGAAGACAUCCCAAAGUGCUUCAAUACAUCACUGACAGAACUGCAGCUGGACUACUUGGACCUGUUUCUGCUGCAGUGCACGGCUGGACUCAAAAAAACAAGUGAUGAUUUCUUCAAGAAUGAAGGAACGAUUUUAACUUCUGACGUCGACUACGUGGAGUUAUGGAGGGCCAUGGAAGCACUGCAGGCUUCAGCGAAAGUUAAGAACAUUGGAGUUUCCAACUUCAACAUCAUGCAGUUGAACAAACUUCUUCAUCUUUGCAAAAUUCCUCCUGCUGUCAAUCAGGUGGAGCUUCAUCCUUACCUGACCCAGGAAGAACUGAUCAAGUUCUGUAAAGGCACAAAUAUUGUUCUCAUAGCCUGCCGACCCUUUGGCUCGCCUGCAAGAACACCACGACUACUCAGAGAAGGUUCUGAUCCCAAUAAGCUCCUGCAGGACUCGUUCAUCAUCGACAUCGCCAAGAAGCACAAACGCAGCCCAGCAGAGGUACUUCUGAGGUAUCAUGUACAACAAGGUAUUGCAGUAAUUCCUAAGAGUGACAAAUCUCAUCAUAUUCUUGAAAACACGAAGAUCUUUGACUUCAGUCUGACCGAGGAAGACAUGAUAAGAUUGAAACGAGGACUUCAGUCUCCAUCUUGACAAGGAAAUCAAGCUUUUAUUUCUUCCUAUGGCUUUAUUAUCCUGUAUUUGUAGACAACGUUUCUAAAAUGUGUUAUUAGCAAAAAGCAUGUGAAAAGUUUUUACUACCAGAGAAUAAAAAGUUGAUAAUUAAGUUAAUAAAAAUAUAACACCUG